AGUGACUGACUCAAAAUGAAUGUGCGAAAUGAGGCGCGACGUUGCUCAUACGUCACGGAGUACGCGCUACACAAAGAUUUAUUAACAGCCGACAUAUACACAACGCCGCAGAGUACUGUUGCGCCAAUUUGCUGCUAUUGUCGCAGACAAAGUCUUGACUCAACCACAGAUGCCCGGACAGGGGCCACAACAGAAGCACAUCCAACGACAGUGGCUAGUUGUGGCAAUAAAGUGGCAUCACAUGACGCGAAAAAUGUCGAUUUGUCAAUGAAAGUACAGCUAGGCAGAAGCAAGCAGUGCCAUACAACCGCAUCAGCUACAACAAUAAAAUCGACAGCACUAGCAACACAAAGCCAUACACAACUUGCCUGCAGUCUUAAUAGCAUGCCGCUGCAAUUGAGCGAUGGCGGAAGUAGUGAUGAUAAUGAAAGUGGAAAUGAUGAAGUGCACUCCACUCACCACCAACAGCAACAGCAACAGCAACAUCCACGUCACCUACACCAGCAUCAUUAUCAACAACAGCGUCAGCAACAUCACCACAACAACCGCAACCACAAUUCAGAAUCAGAAUCAGACAGCGAUGAUGAAAAUGACGUUGGCCUCGGCGUCGUUGCAGCCACGUUGACCACUACGCCCGCACAGUACGGGUAUUCAUUGGGCGUUGAAGAGAUGCACACUUUGCAGUCAUCAGGAGAUAUAACGCAGUCCUCAAGUUUCGACGAUGAUUGUUUUGUGCUUCAAACGCCGCCAGCAGCACAAAAUGAAAUUUUUGUGAACAGAUCGCUGCACUUGGAGAAUAUCAAAUUCUAUGGCUUCGAUAUGGACUACACUUUGGCGGAAUACAAAUCGCCACAAUACGAACAGCUCGGUUUCGAUUUGGCCAAAGAGUGCCUUGUCAAUGAUGGCUAUCCCAAAGAGAUUCUACAAUUUGAAUACGACCCCUCCUUCCCGGUGCGUGGUCUCUGGUUCGACACACUCUACGGCAACCUCUUGAAAGUAGACGCCUACGGCAACAUAUUGGUCUGUGUGCGUGGCUUCGAGUUUCUCAAACAUCACCAGGUGUACGAGCUGUACCCAAACAAAUUUCUGAAACUGGAUGAAAAGCGUGUCUAUGUCUUGAAUACUUUGUUCAAUUUGCCCGAAACCUAUUUGCUGGCAUGUCUGGUUGAUUUCUUCAACAACAGCUCGGAGUAUAUAAGCGAAAAAACUGGCGUUAAGGCUGGCGAACUCUUUAUGUCCUUCAGAUCCAUUUUCCAGGAUGUACGACGCGCCAUCGAUUUUGUGCACAUAAAAGGCAACCUAAAACAGAAAACAAUCGAGAACUUGGAUUACUACGUUAAGAAGGAUCCACGUCUGCCCAUGGUGCUCUCGCGUAUACGCGAAUCUGGUGCCAAAGUUUUCUUGCUCACCAACAGCGAUUACAAAUACACCAACAUUAUUAUGUCGUAUUUAUUCGAUUUCGAGCAUGGCGCGCGGCCCGAUGAUCCACAUCGCAAUUGGAAAACCUACUUUGAUGUGAUUGUGGUGGAUGCAGCGAAGCCACUUUUCUUUGGCGAAGGCACAAUUCUCCGUCAAGUGGACACACAAACGGGCGCCUUAAAAAUCGGCACACACAUGGGACCCUUGCAGCCGGGCAAAGUCUAUUCGGGUGGUUCGUGUGAGGUGUUCACCUCCUUCAUCAACGCCAAGGGCAAGGAUGUGCUGUACGUUGGUGAUCAUAUUUUCGGUGAUAUUUUGAAAUCGAAAAAGAUACGCGGCUGGCGUACAUUCCUCAUUGUGCCCGAGCUGGUGCAGGAAUUGCAUGUGUGGACGGACAAGUGUCAGUAUUUUGCAGAAUUGCAGCAUUUGGAUGUUAUGCUGGGUGAUAUGUACAAAAAUCUGGACUCGAGCGCCAAGGAGAAACCGGAUAUUUCGAAAUUGCGCACCAGCAUACGCGAUGUCACCCACAAAAUGGACAUGGCGUACGGUAUGAUGGGCUCACUCUUCCGUUCCGGUUCAAGACAAACAUUCUUCUCCAGCCAAGUAUCCAGAUAUGCCGAUUUGUAUGCGGCCACGUUCCUCAAUCUCUACUAUUAUCCGUUUUCGUAUAUGUUCCGUGCACCGGCUAUGCUGCUGCCGCACGAAUCUACGGUAACGCACGAACAACGAUUCCACAUGGAGACACCGUCAAUACAACGUUCGCGCAGCAAGAACGAAAGCGUUGAUGGUGGCGCGUUGAGUACGAUUUCAUCGCCUACCGAAAAGCCGCACGAAGCUAUGGCGUGCAACGAACGUGCGGAUGGCAAAGAUGCGGAAAUUGAAAAGCUCGCCGAAGAAUUUAAGUCAAUGAAUUCGGCUUGUUCGACCAACUCCACAGUGCCGCAUACGCGUCCGCCAACACCACAAACGGUGACACACACACACGAUGAGGACUACUCGGAGGAAGAGUCCGAUCAACUUCCCAAAUGUGAUUGUCAACAGCAGCAGCAAGACGACACCGACUAGAAUCGGCAGUAGUUUUCGUCUGUGUAACUUCAAUUUGGCGCCUGAGAAAGAGAACACAAAAUGAAUACGUAAAAGGAGGAUAGAAGACAAAACGGCGCGCCAGUCGCAUUGUUGCGAUUCAUUCGAUAUUCCUCAGAGAUUCUUUUGCAAUGCGACGAUUUUAAAAAUGAUUUUCCUUUUUUUUACCUACGCUGAGAAAUUAAUUUGUAAAUGUUUAUUUAGUAUAACUAAUGUACCUUUAUUUAGUUUCAUACGCAAUACAUUUUUUAUUUUAAUUAUUUUUGAAGUAGAAAACAAUGGUUGAAUAAAAUAAAUAACAUUUAACACAUACACACA